GUGACUUUUAAGACAUUAUUUUUUUAGUCCAACUCUUGAGGAGCCUACCUUACCUCUCCCUGCAGCUAGUCAGCCAGGAUCAGCAUCACAACUCCAGCCGUUAAAUCCAUUGGUUCCAUUGGUUCCAUUGGUUACAGAUCCAUUGAUUCUUGAGACAAGGCAGUGGCUGGCUGACAACAAUUUUCUUUCCCAUGCUUAUUCUAGCUUAGCUCAUUAUAGACGUAUUGACCUUCUAAAAUUAACCUGUGAAGAGUUAAUGAAAUUAUGUGGCUUUGUUGAUGGAAUGAGGCUAUAUAACACUCUGCAUAAAAGGUUUCUUAAAAUCAUCUUUAUAUCAUUUGAAGAAGGCACAGCAUAUUAUCCUGUAUUUCUGGAAGAAUACAGUGUUGCGCAUCUGAAGGACCAUAUCGCCGAAAAAUUUUCUAUAGAGUCAUCCCUCAUUUCUUCAGUUCUAUUAAAGCACAAGAAUGAAAAUUUACUAGUUGUUCACGAUACAGUAUUAGAGACUAUAAAUAAUGAGGAAUUCUUCAUUGCUACAAAAGAUGAGAGUGCGGCUGAUGGGUCGAUCAAGAUUAUUAUGAAGCAUGUAUGAACAGGACUAAUUAUAUUUAGUGUUUUUUAGUAGUA